ACGAAAUAAAUCAAUGAAUAGUGUGGUUCCUUCACAAGAUGUAGGUAUACGUGGCAGUUAGUGUUUCCGUGACGUACAUGCGGUAGUGUUUUUAUUUGUUGAGUGACGAGUGUUAAGGGGUCUAAGGAGAAAGCUGUCUGCGGAGGUCGGCUGGUGGAUGGCAGGCAGCGUUGCACCUCGCACUCCUCAGUGCCCACGCGACGGUGAAAGGGACCAUGUCGACUCGCGCGUACGUAGCGCGAUCAAGAACUAUGACCAGUUUGCGAGUACUCCUUGUUUGUGUGCUUUUAAUCAACGGUACACAUCAACAGAAAGAUAAGGAGGAAGAGCAGUUUGUUUGUCCCGAAGGAACACAGGGUAAUGGGAAUUUCGCCGACCCAGCCACCUGCAGACGUUUUUAUCAAUGUGUCGACGGGUACCCGUAUUUAAACAGAUGUCCUUCAGGAUUAUAUUUUGAUGACAUCAGCAAAUACUGCACCUUCAAAGCAGAAGCGAGGUGUGGACCCAUACCAACUACACCGGCGCCUAUAACAGAAGUACCGCUCGAUUUAGCUACAAAGUGCGAGCCUGCGGAAUGCCAAUUACCGUACUGCUUCUGUUCCAAAGAUGGUACAUUGAUUCCUGGCGGCCUCGACCCUGCAGAAACACCUCAAAUGAUAAUGUUGACUUUCGAUGGAGCCGUAAAUUUGAACAACUUCGACAAGUACAAGAAAGUCUUCAAAGGAAAGAUUAACAAUCCAAACGGAUGUCCUAUAAAGGGGACAUUCUUCUUGUCUCAUGAAUACAGUAACUACGUGAUGGUACAAGCUCUCGCACACGAUGGACAUGAGAUAGCAACAGGUACAGUUUCGCAACAGCAAGGCUUGCAAGACAAAGGGUACGAGGAAUGGGCCGGUGAGAUGAUCGGCAUGCGAGAGAUCCUUAAGAAGUUUGCGAACAUAUCGCGGUCGGAGAUCGUGGGAGCCCGAGCACCGUUUCUGAAGCCUGGCAGGAAUACGCAGUUCAAAGUGUUAGAAGACUUCGGAUACAUCUACGACAGUUCAGUGGGCGUGCCUCCUUUGCCGAUUCCGGUGUGGCCUUACACGCUCGACUACAAGAUCGCCCACGAGUGCAAGUCCGGAACAUGCCCCACUAAAUCGUUCCCGGGACUUUGGGAGAUACCAUUCAAUGCUCACUACGUGGAAUCAUUCGAGGGAGGUCAUUGUCCUUACUUGGACCAAUGCGUUCUACAUAAUCACGAUGCUAACGAGGUAUUCGAAUGGUUACAAGAAGACUUCAGUCGUUAUUACGAGCAGAAUAGAGCCCCAUACAUGAUGCCGCUUCACACCAAUUGGUUCCAAAUCAAAGAACUUGAGCUUGGUCUACACAAGUUCUUGAAAUGGGCGGCAGAUCUGGAAGACGUAUGGUUUGUAACAAUGACGCAAAGUUUAACAUGGAUGACGGAUCCACGACCAGUGAAGGCACUCAACAACUACGAAGCGUGGCGUUGUGACAACAAAGAGCUGCCUUCUGCUCCCUGCAACUUGCCUAAUAAGUGUGCUCUUUCGUUCAAACAACCGGAUAGCAAUUUCACUGAUACAAGGUACAUGGAGACUUGCAGCGAGUGCCCUAACCAGUACCCGUGGCUAGGUGAUUCUGGUGGAUCCGGAAUACCCGGUAAGGAUAAUUAUAUACCCGAGAACCUUAAGAGGAAGUAGGAGACCUUUAGCAUAAUAGCCCUCUAUAAAUGUACCGACUAUAAUCUAUUCGGCAUAUUUGAAAUUUUACGUCACUUCCGGAACCCAAAGGGGUCCUCCCUCAUAACACAAACGUUAUGUGGACAAAGUUCUGGAUGUUUCGAAUAAUCACCUCAAAUUAAUUUAAAAUAUAUUUUGCGUAUACGAUCCCAUUAAAUAUAAUAGGUAUUUUGAGAGGAACAGAAAUAUUGCUAUUAAAAUGAUAUAAAUAUACUUUUAUAUUCUGUUUAUCGUUAAAUAGUAGGAUGUAGUAGUUAUUUUUUAACUAUCAAGUACUAAUGAUACACA